UAGAUAUAUUCUUCAGGUAUACAACAAACUCUUCAUAAACAUUUAAUCAGGAUUUAGUGCAGGCUGAAUUGCUUUCUCUAAUUGGUCACCGGUGCGCACAUCACAUCAAUGGCCGAGAAACAGGUCGAAGAGGACGUUCCGAACCCUUCACAAAGCUUGACAUGUCCACUGUGUCUUGGUAUCUUCGACGAUGCAACCCUCUUGACCUCUUGCGGACAUACCUUCUGUCGACCCUGUCUCCGGAAAUAUGACCUUUCCCACCAGGAUCUUGAUCACAUGGUCUGCCCUCUCUGCAGGGCAGUGACGAAGUUGUCCACAAACCGGGUCGACGAUCUCCUCCCCAAUGUGACGGUCAACGGACUCGUGGACGACCACCGCGCCAGGUCUGGAGGGGCCAGUGCCAUCCUGAAGAUGCGGCAAAAGUGCACUGUCUGCAACCUUCAGGUAGAGGCCAUCGCUUUCUGCAGUACAUGCGAUGCAUACAUGUGUGAUCAAUGCUGCGUUGGCCACAAACAACUGAAGCUGUUCUUCGACGGUCAUGAGAUCGUAUCUAUCCAUGAUAUCGUUGAGGGAAAUUUCAAACCUGGUAACCGCUCCGAGAAAUGUUCCGCCCACAGACAAGAGAACAAACAUAUUUUCUGUCAGGUUUGUAAGAUACGCGUCUGUUUCAAGUGCGUCAUCAUCGAUCAUCGAGAUCACAAGAUACAAUCACAUGAGGACUUCGAAAAGGAAAUACAGGUUAAGGUGAGCGAUCUUCUCCAUCGUUGUAAAGCAAAGAAAUCAGAACUGGAGAAGAACAUUCAGACUGUGGAGACACAUCGUCAUGAAGCACACACUGCUCUUCAGCUACUACGUGCAGAUGUCGGCCGGGUCUGUCGUACCAAGGUCAAACAACUAGAAGACAACCGAUGUGCACUCGUUGAGAAGAUCGAUGCUCUGGUGCGUAGUUUUGAUGAAGCCCUCAACAGUGUCAAAUCGAAGGACGAACGGAAGAUCAAGAGCAUUUUUAGUUCGUUAGAUCUGGUGGCUAAUGACAGACUAGGAUGUCUUGAGGCGGACAGUCUGGAUGCUCACACGUUCCUUUGCGAAGAGAUCGACGGCUUGCUAAAGGAAGUUCUUGAUCAAACCUCUGCAUCAGCCAUAGAAGAAAAGGCACGGAAGCAGAGGUUCACUCCUGCAGAAGACACCAGUCUUGACCUUGGGAAUAUAUCAGAAACAGAGGCUAAGCCUGCACUAGAUGGCAUACUGAAGGGCGCUUCCGAUGACACUUCUGCAGCAACCAUAGGAGAGGAAGCCCAGGAGAAGAGGUCCCAAUGGCCACAAACACUGGUCAGACCACAGCUCAUAAGUCAACCUAAACCAUGUGUCAUUGACAUUAAGAGUGGUGUCCACCUGUAUCACGCCGUGGACGAGCAGGACAGGGUGUAUGUAGCAAGUUUUGAUCAAAACACCGGACAAGUGCUGAUCAGGCUCUAUGAACUUGAUGGUCUAAACCUGAAGGAGAGAGGACGGUUCAGUCCACUGGAAGUGAAAACAUGGAACCACCAACCAGGCUCAGCAGUCAACGCAAAAGGAACAGCCUACUUCAAGGAGGCUGCUGUACCCUUCAUUAGAUUCAUGUAG